UCCAGAUAAACCAAUUAAUGUAGACGUGAAGUCGUUUCGAGACCAAAAUUCGAAAACUGUAAGUGUCAUUGUGAGCUGGACACCUGGAUACAGUGGAGGAUAUGAUCAAGAGUUCACAAUCCAUUAUCGCGUCAAACAAAGCAACCGAGACUUUGUGGAACAGUUUGUUGGUCAUCCAGAUAAUAACAUGCACACUAUACACGGACUUUACCCGGAAACAGUGUAUGAAUUCUCCGUUCAAGCUUCCAAUAAAGUUGGCCAAAGCCAACCGUCAGACCCAAAGGAGUAUAAAACACCGGAGUCCCAGAUACCUCCGGACAGAGGAACUGUGAAAGCUUUCAGAGCGUCGGACGACGCCUCUAUCAUACUGGUGGAAUGGACGAUAGCAGAUGACAAAGUAACAACUGUGACUGUUGAGAUUCAGCAGGGAGGAGAGGGCUCUUGGGAGCUUGUCGAGGGAGCCUCUCAGCUGAAAAGACCUGUAUCAGAGUUUAAAGUGAGCGAUCUGAAAGCUGACAGCUCAUAUAGAUUUAGAGUGGAUAUGAGACGACCAGGAGAGUCUGCUCCGGCUUAUGUUUAUAGUGAUACAGUUCCGGCUGGCCCUAUUCCAGGAGCAGGAAGUGAUGGUGAACCGUUAAAAGGCUGGAUGAUUGCUGUCAUUGUUUCACUUGCUGGUCUUAUUCUCCUGGGCAUUCUCGUCCUGGUAUUCUAUUUCUUUAAGCUUCGAAAGAACGAACAUAGAGGGACAGCAGGAAAGGAAAGCAUGUAUAAAGAAUCAACUAAACAAAGAGGAGUGAAAAUGGAACUUGAAAUAGAUGAACCUCGCGAAAUGCAUUAUAUGGAAUUGGAUGACAGAACUCGUUCAUCAUUCAUGAUGGAUGCCACACGACAGAACAGUCCACACAGCACUGAACAAUACAGCGAGUACGCAUCUCUUGAUCCAUCAUCACGCUCCUGGGAGAUUCCGAGAGAACGCGUGACUAUCGAAAAGAUCGUUGGAAAAGGUGCUUUCGGUCAGGUUGCCAAGGCAACAGUCAUAGGUCUACACGGAGGAUCUGAGAAGACAGUGGUGGCAGUUAAAAUGUUGAAAGACGAAGCUACUGAUUCAGAGAAGAAGGAUUUGCUGUCUGAACUAGAGUUGAUGAAACAACUCAAACCUCAUCCGUACGUCGUCACACUUCUGGGGUGCGUCACGAAAUCAGGACCGUUGUUGGUGUUAAUUGAAUACGCUCCCUUUGGAAAUCUGCUCGGUUACUUGAGAAGGAGCCGUGGAUUGAAUGACACUUAUUACAAAGACCCGGAUAUCAAACCACAGACAAAUCUGAUGUCUGAACAGCUGAUCAAGUUCGCUUGGCAAAUCGCUGAUGGAAUGAGUUACUUGUCAUCGAAAUCAAUUAUUCACCGAGACCUUGCGGCCCGAAAUGUGUUGAUGGGUGAAAAAGAAACGUGUAAAUUGACAGGCUUAGGUAUGGCCAGAGAUGUGCAACAGGAAAGGAUUUACGAAAGAAAAACAAAGGGGCCUCUUCCAGUAAAAUGGACUGCCAUUGAAGCUCUCUUGUAUGGAAAAUAUACUACGAAAAGUGAUGUGUGGAGCUAUGGGGUUCUUCUCUAUGAGAUUUUUACAAUAGGUGGUACACCGUAUCCAAAUGUGGAUGGCACGAAAAUUAUCAAGUCACUACAAGAGGGAUACAGAAUGCCUAAACCACAGCACGUGGAUGAUGAUUUAUUCGCAAUUAUGACAAAGUGUUGGGAGGACGAUCCCGAAAAGAGACCAACUUUCCAAAGUUUGAAGAACGAACUCAAAGAAAUGGAAAACCAAAGCAAGAGGCUGCUGAACUUGGAAACUUACGACAACCGACUCUACGAAAACGUCAAGGAUUUAGAAGCAUAGUCGAGCAGGAUAUAGAACUUCUCCUAAAAUGAAAAAUGAACCAGAUCUUGCAGCCCUGCGUCCUACAGAGGCCUUGGAGAGAUAUUGCUGCAGAGGACUUCAAUUACAUUUUUAGCGAAGACGUGGAAUUAAAUAGAAUUAAUUAGUUAGGCAGAAUUUCUAAAUGUGCAAUGGUAAAAGAAACUUCCGUCAUGAAAAAAACAAAAAAACAAUAAAAGAUAAAUUGU